CUCCGAAUUUUAGCUAGAAAAUAUGUCGCUAGGAUCUUUGUUUCAGAUUGACAUUUUUAUGCAGCAAGCAUGUUUUUGUUCAGUACACAGUUAAGCGAGGGUUUCUAAAAACCUUGAGGUAAUAUACAUUUCCGCCACAUUAUCGUAUUCGCAAAAUCUACUUUUCCACCGUCAAUGCAAGAUCGUUACAGAUCUAUGAGCAAAAUAGUUUUUCGGAAAGUGAAACCGGUCGGCAAUUCCUUAUCGCCUGAUCAGCAGUUUUACCAAAUCAAGUGGGGAAUCUCAAGAAUAUCAUGCCAACCGCUUUCAUAGCCAUUAUUGUCCAAGGCGUCUGCAGAAAUUAUGUAAGAAUCUAGUGAAUUGCCUUACAUGUUGAAUAUCUCUAGAACACUCAUGUGCGGUCUCGUGAUUGCAAGUCAAAAUGGGAACGAAUGUGUUGUUUGUUGUUCUGCUUAGUGCCGUAAUUGUACGUUGUCAGAUUGACUUGGCACAACAUUUUCAACAUUGUAAAGUCGGCACAGCAAACUUUGACGAUUGCGUUAAAGAUGCUAUGAACGAACUAAGACCGUUCUUCAAAGAAGGCAUUCCAGAUUAUGGUAUCGGUUCUUUUGAUCCCUUUCACGCAGCAGUGGUCCCACAAAAAGUGAACAACCCGAUUUUUAGUUACAAGUUGUACCUGAGGAACGUUUCUGAACAUGGUUGGACAUCUUCACAAGUGACGAAGCUCAAGACAGAUUUCCACAGAAAUCAAAUCCAAGUCACCCAAUUUUUCCCAGAUAAAAGACUGAAUGGGUGGUACGACUUUGAAGGUAGCAUUCUAGGACAAAAAGUACGCAAUUCGGGAUCAUGGAACUUAUCCCUUUUUGAUUAUGUUCAAACGUUGACUGUUGCAAGACCCGCCAUGGAUUCAUCAUCAUCAAUCAGAGUGAAGUGCAGUAUACAGUCUUGCAAGAAAUUAGAACUCCAUAUUGGCAAUUUGGUUGGGGGACGAACCAUAUUAGAAAAUACGUUAGAUUGGAUAAUCAACACAGCCUGGCAACCUGGAUUCGUCGUUCUUAGUCCGUUGAUCAACGAUCUGGUAGGAACAGCAUUCACCAAGAUAUUCGAUGAUUAUUUCAACAGUUUUCCAUUUGAACAGGUAUUCCGGUAACAAAUAAUAAAUCAGAGUCAUCAAUAACAUUCUAAAAUCGUGAUAGGUAUACGAUUUUCAAAAUUUUUGCGAUUUUUAUGAGAUCUGUAAAUUAAGUGAUGAGACUGAUUUUUUUAUUCAAAUAUAAUUACAAUUUUAAAUUGUCACCCUCAAAAUAACUUCCUUCUGAAGCCACUCAGCGCUGAAGAUGGUUCUUCCACUCCUGAUAGCAGUGCUGGAACUCCGAUACUGGAAUAGCCUUCAGCUGGUCGGUUGCAACCGUUUGAAUGUUUUCGACUAUGUUCCAUUGAAGUGAUUUUUCAACUUCGGCAAGACUCAAGUCGGGCGAAUAAGGAAGCUGACAAGCCACUGUCUAAAAACUCGUUUAUCGACAUGGACAAGGAGCAAUAUCGUAGUGUAACACCCAAUUGUUCUUAAUCUAAUGGAUUGACUCUUCCCCGAUCAUUCUGUCAACCGUUGAACUGAACGCACAAGAUCCCGGUUUCUGUCGAUAUUUUCAUCGGUUCUUGAAGAUGAAGGCCUUCCGGUUCGUUGUUUAUCUUCAAUCGACUCUCUCUCUCUCUUCUGAAAAUACCUUAAAGCUCCGAAAAACCUGGGCUCUUGACAAAACACCAUCUCAGGAGGCCUUCUGAAGUUUAGCAAGAGUUUCUGUUGCACUGUGCUCAAGUCUGAAGCAAAACCUGAUAGCUCACCGUUGCUCGAAAUUGACGACUCAUUUUCAAAACACAAUAGGAAAAACUGUUUUACGGACAGCCAAAUGAUUCGAGCGAGUUCAAACUUGUACUGACGUUGGAUCACAUGCUUUCCUAUCUCCACUCCAAGCCCGGCGCCUCCAGUGUUGCCAGAUCGAACGCUACGUUGCCAGUCUCAUCACGUAAUUUACAGACCUCGUAUUUUAUGUGUGUCCUUGAAAGAGCAGUCCUGAGCAUUUACUCUCGUAAAAGCCAUAUAUUAUUAAGUGAUACCUAUCUUGGUUGAUAUAUACAGUAUGUUACCAUUAAUCAUAUAUCACUCGAAUAUCAUAGGCAGUGUGAAUCACUGUUAAUCAUAGCAGUACACAGCCAAUGUUGCCAUUUACGAUAUCUGUGUUACAUAUUAUUGAUGGCAACAUACAAAAUGUUUGCAAGUAUGGUUAAGAAAUAAACAAAUUGUUAUGCUUGAAAUGUUUCAUUUAUUCAGUCGAUUCGCAGAUUAUAAUAGAAAUCAAUAUGCAAUAGAUCGCAUUGUCUCGAAUUUACUUAAGAUUCCCACAAUUCAUUGUAACUAUAAAAUCAACAUAAUAGGUUACAUUCUCCUCGUUGUGCCGCUUUCAAAACAGUCCAACUGUCUGAAAUGCUCGGAUUGCAAUGUACAGCUUUUUGGGCAGCAAUUAUUGCUUGUUUUCUUUUGCCGAUCAUCAGAUGUGACAUUGACACGAGUGUCAGGACCUGAAGAAAAAAAUCAUCAAAAUAUAUUUAUCCUUAAAACAUUAAGUCGGCUGAACUAAUAAUAGAGGUCUUUUUUCUCCAUAGGUUGGGCGUG